CUUUCAUUCUCUCCAUUAACUUCUCUCCGUUUCUCACUGCCAAACCCUAAUUAAGUCAUCUCAACAUGGAAAACCACCUCCUGCAGGUGGACCCACCAAACCCUCGACUUCAGAACCCUGCCUUCAUCUUCCCGGCCUCACCGGCAUCGUCGGUGCUGGAAAAGCCGAUGGACCCACAAGGGCUACUGAUGGACAUUGAGUGGGCUAACAUUUUCUCAGGGCAAAACAACUUGCAGGUUGGGGUUGAGGACGCCAUCAAGCCAAUGGUGGAAGGUGCUGCUGCUUUAUCUUCCUCGAGUUUAAUGGGUGAAAUGAAUGGACGUCGUGAGGACAUGGAAAAGGAAAGCAGUAAUAAAGAGAGAAGGAGAGAAGGGGGAGGGAGGAUGAAGAAAACGACGAGGCCGAGAUUUGCGUUUCAGACGAGAAGUGCUGAUGAUAUUCUCGACGACGGUUACCGUUGGAGGAAGUAUGGCCAGAAAGCUGUCAAGAAUAGCAUAUAUCCCAGGAGCUACUACAGAUGCACGCAUCACACAUGCAACGUGAAGAAACAAGUGCAGAGGCUGUCGAAGGACACGGGCAUAGUGGUGACAACGUACGAGGGAAUUCACAACCACCCUUGUGAGAAGCUCAUGGAAACCCUCACUCCUCUUCUCAAGCAAAUCCAGUUCCUCACCAGAUUCUAGCUCCACCUCCAUCUUUCCUCAUCCAUCGAGUUUCAAAUCCAUGCAUGUUUGCUUCUCAUGUCAGAAGAAAGAAUAAAUUUGUGUAUAAUAAUAAAACUUGUUUUGCUUCUGUUUCUUAUUCUAUGUGUGCGUACUAUUCUGCUUACUUAAUCUUAUGUACUGGUUUGGUUGUAAAAAUAUAAAUUUGUCACAGCUUA